AUGGGCGUUAAAGGCCUGUGGAAGCUACUAGACCCUGUAGCAACACGAGCCUCGUUUCAACGUCUGGCUGUUGAGGAUGGAUUUAUGUCAAACCGUCAAGGAACCCGAGGAUAUAGGCUUGGUGUUGAUGCAAUGGGGUGGAUUUACCGUGCAUGCUACCGACACGGUGCUACAAAGAAUAUGGAGCUUGCUACUCUAAAUGCUCGCUGUAGCCGCCUAUACUCGCUUCCUAUUCUGCCCAUCUUUGUCUUUGAUGGCCCCAACAAACCAAGUAUAAAGCGCAAAAAGAACAUAAGGGGAAAUCGCCACUGGAUUGAAGCUGAUUUCAAAUCGCUGUUAGAUGCUUACGGUUUUAUUUGGUGUGAGGCACCUGGUGAAGCUGAAGCGGAGCUUGCCAGACUUACAAAGGAGGACUAUCUCGAUGCCGUUCUUACAGAAGACUCUGAUAGUAUUGUAUUUGGUACCACAACUGUCUUGCGAAUCGAUGAAGAUGUGUCCGAUGAUGAACAGGUGGUUGUAUAUCGAUCAUCUGAUAUUCUUCAAGCUCUUCAGAUGAAUAGCGAGGAUAUGGUUCUUAUUGCACUAUUGGUUGGUGGCGACUACAAUCCUGGUGGAGUCAAAGGCUGUGGCAUUGAAACAGCACUUGGACUUGCAAAAGCUGGUUUUGGUCGAUCACUAGCGUGUGGCCUUAAGGAAAACAACUACAGUCAAGAAGCACAGCAACAAUUCCUACAUGAAUGGCGAAGCCAGCUAAUAAGUGAAGCUCAUAGCAAUUCUUCAUUUCAUUUACCUCGCCGCUGCCCAUCUUUGGCCCACAAUCUUCCGGCAGACUUUCCCUCUUCCGAUAUACUAAGCUAUUAUCUCCAUCCUGUUGUAUCCGAUGAUCUCAUUCCAGUUCUUUUUUCUCGUCAACUAUCUCUUCCAGCCAUGAUGCUAUUUGCCGAAGAUCAUUUCGUAUGGGGUACAGAUGCUGUGGUUAUGUUACGCCACCUGUCUAACAGCAUUCUUCCUGGAAUUGCACUUAGGUCGGCAAUGCAAAUUGCUCGAGCUCGGGAUAUUGGCUUUCAUUAUUAUGGCCACAUGUUUUUUGGCCAAAUUGUUGGGAAGCGACAAUCUAGCAAGCGCUCUCCGGAAUUACGUGUCAAGAUUGAUUUUCCAAAAGACAUUAUUCAAGAUGGCAUUAAUAGGCUUCGAGCGGCUCAAGAAAAUCCUCGAUUUGAUCAAUCAAGUGUCGAUUCUUGGAUUCAAAAUUGUCUUCCAAAGCUACGUGCAUGGAUUCCAAGUAAUAUGAUGGAGGGUAUUUAG